AUGGCCCAGCUGUGGUGGCUCUGUGUCCUGCUUCCUGUCCUCAUGGUGCCUGUGACAGCCAACAGGCCUCCACAGUUCUUAGAGAACAUGACAGCAGUGAAACUGCCAGAGGACCUACCAGUGGGUGCUGUGGCCUUCUGGUUGGUGGCUGAAAGUGAUAAUUACCCCCUCACCUAUGGGAUUAGUGGCUCCAAUGCCUACUUCUUCUCUGUCACCUCAGACACUGGGGAAGUGAAGCUGGACAGCACUCUGGACUAUGAGACACUCUCCUUUUUUCCGAUCACUAUCUCCGUAAAGGACAGUUACAACAGCCUGGGACAAAGGGAAAUGAACGUGAUUGUGGAAGACAGAAACGACAAUGCACCCGUUUUCCGGGACACCAUGUUCUCCACCACCAUCAAUGAGACCCUGCCAGUCGGCUCCGUGGUGUUCUCUGUGCGGGCUGAGGACAAGGACACUGGGCAAGCGGGUAUGGUGCAGUACCAAAUAGAGGAGGUCAUCCCCAACUCCUUGGACAACAAGUAUCUCUUCUACAUGCUGGACGAUGGCUCCAUCGUGUUGAAUGGCAGCCUCAGCUACAAUAACAAGAGUGCCUUCUACCAGCUGGAACUGAGGGCCUGCGACUUAGGUGGUAUGUUGAAUGGUAAAUUCGUCAAGCAAUGCUCCCGGGUGGUCUACCUGUCCAUCUCCGUGGUUGAUCAGCCAGAUCUGGACCCCCAGUUUGUCAGGGAAUUUUACUCAGCCUCUGUGGCUGAGGAUGUACCCUUGAACACCUCCGUGGUAAAGGUGGAAGCUGUGGAUAGUGACAAAGGCAUUGGUGACUCUGUGACCUACAGCAUCUCCAGCUCAACGAGGCCCGGGUGGUUCGACAUCGAGGCAGAGGGGAUUAUCACUGUCAGCAGCCCCCUGGACCGAGAGCAGCUGCUGGAGGAGAAUGAGGAGGUGCAACUACAGGUCACGGCCACUGAGAAGAACCUCAAUAUCUACGGGCAAGAGGCCAACGUAAGUAUAUGGGUCACAAUCAAGGUGACUGACGUCAACGACCACAAGCCAGAGUUUUACAACUGCAGCCUCCAAGAAUGCCUCUUCGGCCCCCAAGAGGCCCAAGUCAACUUCACAGGCUACGUGGAUGAGCACGCCUCUGCUCGCAUCCCCAUCGAUGACCUGACUAUGGUUGUCUACGACCCAGACCAGGGCAACAAUGGUACCUUCCUGCUGUCCCUGGAGGGCCCCGAUGCUGAAGCCUUCAGUGUGUCCCCAGGGCUAGCGGCAGGGUCUGCCGACGUGCAGGUGCUGGUGAGAAACUCGGAGCUGGUGGACUACGAGAAGUCGCCCACGCUGCAUGUGCAGGUUGUGGCUGCCGACUUUGUUAGCAAGAACUUCUCUGUUGCCAUGGUGACCAUCUACCUUACAGACAUUAAUGACCAUAGGCCCACAUUCCCUGAGAGCUCGUAUGAACUCAGUGUGCCAGAGCACAGUCCCACAGGCUUUGAGGUCACCAGCAGCAUUCAUGCAGUAGACGAAGAUAAGGGCAAGUGGGGCCACAUCACUUACAGCCUACUCUCAGGAAAUGGAGAAGACCUGUUUGAGGUGGAUCCAAACUCAGGGACAGUGAAGGUGAAAAAUGGCUCGCUGCUGGACCGGGAGAAGCAGGCUGUGUACUACCUUACACUGCAAGCCACAGACAGUGGGAACCAGUCGGCCUCCACCACACUGAAGAUCACCCUGCUGGACAUCAAUGACAAUGCGCCUGAGGUCCAAGGCUCCUACAAUAUCUUUGUGACAGAGGAGGAAGGCACUGUCUCUGUGACCAUCCAGGCCUAUGACAACGACCAGCCAGACACCAACAACAGCCGUCUGCUCUUCAGCCUGCUGCCUGGGCCCUAUAGCCACAACUUCUCCCUAGACUCCAACACAGGGCUCCUUACGAAUGAGGGGCCCCUGGACCGAGAGGCCAUUGACCCUGUCCUGGAGGGUCGCAUCGUGCUGACUGUGUGUGUGGCUGAUUAUGGUGUGCCUUCCCUCAGCACUGACGUCAAUGUCACCAUCAAUGUGGAGGACAUCAAUGACAAUCUGCCCAUAUUCAACCAGUCCAGCUACCAAUUCUCUGUGAUGGAGAGGGAUCCAGGAGUGCUGGUGGGCACAGUGGAGGCCUGGGAUGCGGACCAGACAGAUGUCAACAACCGUAUCAGCUUCAGCCUGUCGGGGACUGGUGCCAACAACUUCAUGCUCCAAAGCUCUGUGCUGGAAUAUGGGGGGGCAAGGGGUAACCUCUGGUUGCUUCCAGAUGUAAGCCUUGAUUAUGAGGCACAGAUAUUCCUCAGUUUGAAUGUGACAGCUGAGAACUCAGGCUCCCAGGGCCAUGAGAUCAUAGCAAAUGUCACCAUAAAAGUGGUGGAUGUGAAUGAUGAACCUCCCACACUGGAUGCAGCCUCACUCCAGGGUAUCUCUGUGGCUGAGAAUGGCUCCCAGUAUGGCCAGGUGGCUGAGAUUGUGCCUAAGGAUGUGGAUACGGCGAAAAAGCUGGAGAUAGAGCUAGUGAAUGUCAUCUGUACCAAGGCUGGUGUUGAUGUGGGCAGCCUGUGCCAUGGCUGGUUCUCUGUGGCAGUCAACGGUUCUGUGUACAUCAACCAGAGUGAAGCCAUAGACUAUGAGGCCUGCCACCUGGUCACGCUGGUUGUGCGGGCGCAUGACCUCACCACAGAUUCCCGCUUUGAGGCCUACAGCAACAAUGGAAGCCUCCCUAUCACCAUUGAGGACAAGAAUGACAAUGAACCCUAUUUCCUGCCUGAUAAUCAGACCUUUGUGAUCAUCCCAGAGCUAGUGCUGCCCAAACAGCGGGUCGCUUCUGUUCAGGCUACAGACGAAGACUCAGGAAAAAACGGAGUCGUCACAUUCGACAUCCUGCAAGCGAAUUUUGUCUCCAAUGAUGGGGUCAAGACCCCUGUUCAGGUCUUUGAGGUCUCCACCUCAGGGGACACCAGCCCAUUCACUGGCAGCAUCGAGCUGAGGACCAGCCUUGAUUCCACUGUACAAGGCACAUACCAGGUGACAGUCCAAGCCAAGGACAAUCCUUACAUAGGUCCUGCACUGGAAGCCCAAAUCACCUUGAAUCUCUUCACUGUGGACCAGAGUUACCGUGUGAGGCUGCAGUUUUCCACCACCAAGGACGAUGUGGCUGCCAGUAUGGAGGAGAUUAGAGCGGCUCUUAUCCAGGCAACCAGGACUACUAUGUAUGUUGUGACUAUCCAGAACAUAGACUCUAUGGCUCGGGCACGAGCCUACUCUUACCUCGAUGCCUACUUUGUCUUCCCCAAUGGGACAGCCCUGAUGCUUACUGAGCUGAAUAUGAUGAUCCGGAAAGACCAGGACUCACUGAGGCAGCUGCUGCAGCUGGGGCUGGUGGUGGUGAGCUCCCAGGAAAGCCAGGACUCUGACCAGCAGAAGCAGCUCAUCAGUGUCAUCAUAGGACUGGUAGUGGCGUUGGCGCUGGUCCUAGUGAUCAUGGUUGUGGCCCUUGGGUGUUUGCGGAAGAGCUAUAAUAGGAAGCUUCGAGCUGUGAAGGCUAGCAAGGAGGCCCAAAAGACAGCUGAGGGGGUGACAUCCUCACCUGCUGCUAUCCCUGGGACUAACAUGUACAAGACCGAGCGGGCCAACCCCGUGCUGAACCUUCACCCCGAAGAAUUGGGAGUGGAGUGCCUCUCCUCCUCCAGUGACUUGGACUAUGUCAGCCUCAAUUCCCUAGAUGACAACUCUGUGGACUUGGACAAGGACAUCAAGGAGGAGAAGGAGUCGGAGCCUCCAGGACGCAGCAGCAUAUCCAAGCAGGAGCCAGACCCUCUGAGUGCAGUGGUCUCAGGAAGGAAGGCAGGCAGAAGUAAAAAGGAGGACUUGUCCUUCACCAACUCCAGCCUGAACACCACAGAUCUGUAGUGGAGACCCUCAUUCUUCUUUCCCAUCUGGGAAGAUACCCUCAAACCCAAACUGUACCACCUGACCCUCCCCAAAUAUAAUAUAUGCUUGCUUUGCCCCCAA